AUGAGCAUGGGGACGGUCCUUUUCCAGUCCAGCAGUUAUGGCCAAGAGGGCAAGCUGCUCUGCCGCCUUGGCGAGGAGGCUGCUGAGCCCGGCGCGUUGAGUUUCACAGAGGCCCUGCACCGCCCCUAUGGCUGCGAUGUUGAACCCCAGGCACUGAAUGAAGCCAUCAGAUGGAGCUCCAAGGAGAACCUGCUUGGAGCCACUGAGAGCGAUCCCAAUCUCUUCGUUGCACUUUACGAUUUUGUAGCAAGCGGUGACAACACACUCAGCAUCACCAAAGGUGAGAAGUUGCGAGUCCUGGGUUACAACCAGAAUGGUGAAUGGAGUGAGGUACGUUCGAAGAAUGGGCAGGGCUGGGUACCAAGCAACUACAUCACGCCAGUAAACAGCCUGGAAAAGCAUUCCUGGUACCACGGGCCAGUGUCACGCAGCGCAGCAGAGUAUCUCUUGAGCAGUCUCAUCAAUGGCAGCUUCCUGGUUCGGGAAAGCGAGAGCAGCCCAGGGCAGCUAUCCAUCUCGCUCAGGUACGAAGGACGUGUUUACCACUACAGGAUCAACACCACCUCCGAUGGAAAGGUAUAUUUCAGCACACUGGCAGAGCUAGUGCACCAUCACUCAACAGUAGCAGACGGACUGGUGACAACUCUGCAUUACCCAGCACCCAAGUGCAAUAAACCCACCGUCUACGGCGUGUCCCCGAUCCACGACAAGUGGGAGAUGGAGCGGACCGAUAUCACCAUGAAGCACAAACUUGGGGGAGGGCAGUAUGGCGAGGUGUACGUUGGUGUCUGGAAGAAAUACAAUCUCACAGUUGCUGUGAAAACCUUAAAGGAAGAUACCAUGGAGGUGGAAGAGUUCUUGAAAGAAGCUGCUGUGAUGAAGGAGAUCAAGCACCCAAAUCUAGUGCAGUUGUUAGGUGUAUGUACCCUGGAGCCACCCUUUUACAUUGUGACGGAGUACAUGCCGUAUGGGAACCUGCUAGACUAUUUACGGGAAUGCAACCGGGAGGAAGUGAGCGCUGUUGUGCUACUCUACAUGGCUACUCAGAUCUCCUCUGCUAUGGAGUACCUAGAGAAGAAGAACUUCAUUCACAGGGACCUGGCAGCACGGAACUGCUUAGUUGGAGAAAAUCACGUGGUGAAGGUGGCUGACUUCGGCCUAAGUCGCCUUAUGACUGGAGAUACCUACACAGCUCAUGCUGGAGCCAAGUUCCCAAUCAAAUGGACAGCUCCCGAGAGCCUGGCCUACAACACCUUUUCAAUCAAAUCAGAUGUGUGGGCCUUUGGGGUGCUGUUAUGGGAAAUCGCUACCUAUGGGAUGUCACCGUACCCAGGCAUUGACCUCUCUCAGGUGUAUGAUCUGCUGGAAAAGGGCUAUCGGAUGGAACAGCCGGAGGGGUGCCCUCCAAAGGUUUACGAACUGAUGAGGGCAUGUUGGAAGUGGAACCCACCAGACCGACCUUCCUUUGCCGAGACCCACCAGGCCUUUGAAACCAUGUUCCACGACUCAAGCAUCUCGGAGG